UCUCCUUCGUUUUCAUCUAUAUCUAUACGUACACCCACACACACACACACCCAACAGAGAGAAAUAACCUUCGUAAAGAAAUGCUGGAAACAGUGAAGUAUCUGAUAGGCUUCGCCGGAGCGAGUGGCUUCAGCUCCAAGUCCACCGCCGAGCAAGUCACCGAUCGCUGCCCGCAUCUCCGCUCCAUCACCGCCGUCAUCACAGGUGCGACGUCUGGGAUAGGGGCGGAGACGGCGAGGGUGCUGGCCAAGCGCGGGGCGCGGCUGGUGCUGCCGGCCAGAAAUCUAAAGGCCGCUGAGGACACUAAGGCUCGUAUAACUUCGGAGUUUCCGGAGGCAGAAAUCAUCGUCAUGAGUCUUGAUCUUAGCUCUCUCCACUCUGUUCGAACAUUUGUUGCCAACUUUCACUCUCUCAAUUUGCCUCUCAACCUCCUCAUAAACAAUGCAGGGAGAUUUUCACACGAUCAUGCCGUUUCUGAGGAUGGAAUUGAGAUGACAUUUGCUACUAAUUACUUAGGUCACUUUUUGCUAACAAAGCUAUUGUUAGCGAAAAUGAUUGAGACGGCGGAGGCAAGCGGCGUGCAAGGAAGAAUAGUGAACGUGGCUUCACAUCUUCAUGGUUGGUUUUCCGGCGAUGUCAUCCCUUAUCUUGCCUUAAUAUCAAUGGAUAAGAGUGAAUACGAUGGGACACGUGCAUAUGCCCUCUCAAAGCUGGCCAACGUUUUGCACACCAAGGAACUUGCCCGGAGACUUGAGGAAAUGGGGGCAAAUGUAACAGUAAAUUGUGUUCAUCCUGGUAUUGUGAGAACCAGACUUACUAGAGAUCGUGAGGGCCUUAUUACUGAUAUGGUAUUCUUUUUGGCUUCGAAACUCUUGAAGACUAUUCCUCAGGGGGCUGCAACAACCUGCUAUGUGGCAACAGACACAAGGCUGGCGAACAUAAGUGGAAGGUACUAUUUAGAUUGUAAUGAAGCUUCGACGUCGAAAAUGGGCUCCAGUUUGUCGGAAGCUGCAAGGCUAUGGGCUGCUUCUGAAUUCAUGCUCUCCGCAGACCCUAACACACUCUUUAACUAUUACUCAGAUAUCCUAAGUAGGACCACUCAUGAUCAUAGCUAGUUAGUUUCAGAAAAGUAGGAAAAUUUAUGUCAUAAUCAAGACCGAAGGGCUUAUGGACAUAUAGCUUGUAAAUAAAGUGAAGUCAGCUUCCAGUUAUCCACCAUGUUUGCUGAGCCUGAGCUUGAGCUUGCUCUGUUUUCUGCGAAGGAAGAAGAACUCGACUUAUUAAGUCGUUCUCUGUAUUUUACGUUUUCUUUAUUUUAAGUUGUAAAUGCGAGUUUAGCUAGUCGUUGCUUACUCGCGUAUGCGCUUUUCUUUCCUUAGUGUUUUCUAGUUAGUUAAGUUGUUAAUAGUAGUUCAGUUGGUUAAUUAGCGAUUAACAAGAUCUGAACAUUACAACAAACGGCUGUACUACUU